AGGGCGUUUUCAACGCACUAUAUACUGUCGUUAUGAGUAGCUGUCUACAACCAUCCGAAACCACUGACUGUUUCGAAUAGUAACCGCGACCUGUCUAGUCGCUCGGAUACGCGACCAGUUGGGACAGUCCUAUGCCCUCACUAAACACGAAACAGGCUGUAUAAAGAAUGGUGUUACUGAACUCAAGUCAUGAGACUGACGGAGCAAAGGUAACCAGAUCAAACUGCUAUGAAUUUUUUUGAUCUAACGAAGCAGGCAGCAUGGAGAGUAAUGGAUACUAUAUGGGGCAGAGCUUUAUAGUCGUUAGAUAUGGAGAUAAUCAAGAAGCUUUGUUCAAUCCCUGGUGCACUAGUACAACUCUAAUCGAGUGGAUUCGUAAAAAAUGUGACUGCGCCGACAAUGACGUCAUAGAUUUGUUGGAUUUGGACGGACAAGUCAAGUUUUUGUCAGCGAAAGAGAAAGAAUAUGCUUGUGAUGUUGUGGACGGGAGACAGACGUACAUCUUGAUACGGAUAGAGAAACAAGGUGAAAACGAACCGUCAAAGUAUAUAUCCCUGUUGAACAAUUUGGACAAGUUAAAUCCAGACCUGAUGGUUAAACUCAACGACUUGUCCAAACCUUCCAAGGGACGUAAAGACAGGCGGAAAAACAUGAAGUCAAACAAAGGAAGAGACUCGCCGAGCAAGAGACCAGCCAGCAGCGACAGGAAAAAUCGGACAAAAUGAAAGGAUCGAAUUUUCAGAAAAAGUUUUGAGACUCACCAACUUCAAUUUGUGAACGGCAAAUCCUUGUUGAAACUGAAAAGACUGAUGUGCUUUGUGAAUUGUGUUUAUAGUCACGAGAUGUAUAUGACCAGGGUAAUGUGUAGCUAGGUGCUGCAAAUGUAUAGCUUUAGAAUAUUAAUAAUACGAUGUGAGGCAGAUAUACGAGUGAUGUACACCCCAGCUGAAGUCUGCCGUUAUAGUACUGUACUUCUCAGCUA